UUCUCUCUCUCUUCCCCUCCUACAGACAGUGUAGUGGAGGAUGGAGAGUUAUCUACAGUGUGUUAUAGACCAGAGGGGUUGGACCAGCUACUACAACAGACUAAGUUCACCAGGAGAGAACUACAGAUCCUCUACAGGGGCUUCAAGAAUGAAUGCCCUAGUGGUGUGGUGGAUGAAGAGACAUUCAAGUUAAUCUACUCCCAGUUCUUUCCUCAGGGAGACUCCAGCACCUACGCUCAUUUUCUGUUCGAAGCGUUUGACACCCACAAGAAUGGAAUGGUGAGCUUCGAAGACUUCGUCACAGGCCUGUCAAUCAUCCUGAGAGGUUCUGUCACAGAGAAACUCAACUGGGCUUUUAACCUCUACGACCUCAACAAAGAUGGCUUCAUCACCAAAGAGGAGAUGACUGAUAUAAUGAGCUCUAUCUAUGACAUGAUGGGGACGUGUACGUACCCCUGUAUGCAGAACGAUGCCCCCAAGGAGCACGUCGACAACUUCUUCCAGAAAAUGGACAAGAACAAAGAUGGCGUGGUCACCAUUGAGGAGUUUCUGGAGUCUUGUCAAAAGGAUGAGAACAUCAUGCAGUCCAUGCAUCUGUUUGACAACGUCAUUUAGUGAUACUUCCUGUGGGUGUGGCCGAAAGGACAGGGUGCCCAUAUUUAGCCUCACAGCCUCCACCCCUAGCUCCCCUCUAUCCCCAAACACAGACUCAUUAGGGAUGUCGGGGUAAACGGUACCCCUCCAUGGAUCUCCACUCUCCUCCUACCUGGGAAGAUCAGACAACAGUUAGGUGUGCAAUAGGUACACCUCCAUGGGUCUCCACUCUCUCAUCCACCUCUAGCCCAUCUCUGCCCCCCAAAAGAAACUCCCCUACCUGGGAAGAUCAGACAACAGUUAGGGGCUCAAAGCCACGCCAUGUUGGAGACCAUAUCACUCAUUUUAUAUGACAUCACAUUCUCACUAUGCAAUAAUGUUAUUGAUUCUCUAAUUACUAGUUUGACAAAAUGGUGGACUGUUAUUCUUCUAAGGGCAAAAGGCUUUAAAUGAAACAAUAAUCUCACUGCUUGGUCUGAACUUGUUAACUGUGAGAUGUAUUAUUAUCAAUCAUCGACAUUGUUCCAUUUCUUAAUGUUCUGGAAGGGAAUCCCCUGGCUGACGGAAUUACCCACAACCCUCCAAUCAUCCAUAUUGUGUCCUAUUUACCUCAUUUUCAACAGAAAUAUGGUCCGGGUCUGUUUAGGUUUUUUUGUGCGUGACUUCUGGUUAAGCGCUUCCGGCCAAUAGUUGGGAGCUAGCUAGCUAACUAACUCAGUAUCGCUUCUCGCAACUUUCCAAACAUGGAUUCACAUAAAUGGUAAUUUUAUGUUCUGUAAGGGGUUGCCACGGUAACUGUCAGAAACGGAAACUGUUCAUGGAGCAGGAGUGUUUUGACCACCAAACUUUUUUGAGGAGCGAGUGCAGUUGUGAGGCGCCUUUUGAUUUGCACCCACCUCCUAAGGACGAGGAGUCUCUUUGGCUUUGGCUCAAAGCAUUGAAAAGAUGCUGUGAAGAAGUCAAUGGAACUCUGUCAAAACAAUCUAAUUGCCAUGGAAACGCGUGGGGGAAAGAUGCCAUGGGGGAAAAGAUCCC